UCCAACAUGGCAGCUUCCUUACGAGAGUAAAUCUGGGAGACGUGUAACAUUUGCAUUUUGAUGUCACAGCUAUUGUUUGUGGCAGUAGAAUAGCACGCUGCCUAGAAAUUCUAUCAGAUUGAUUCUACGUGUUUGUGUGAGGAAAUAACUGUGACAUUUGAUGGUUGUUCAGGAAAAAAAGUGUUUCCAUAAAUGACAGCUUGACAUUCUACGCCUUCCUGUGUUGUCUGCUAGAGACCGAGUAACCGGUGUUUUGAAAGUUCCACAAGUUCUUACACCUCGUAGAGAUAAAUAUUCUGUGUGUCACUACAUGUGACGCUAAGUAAACUUACCGCUGUGAUAAGGCAAUUUGAUAAGUUGGAUCAAUAUGGCGAGUCGAGCUAAAAGCGACCCAGCGGUGGCCAAAAAAUUGUUGGAAAAUCUACAGAAUGACUUACGAACUUUGUCUUCAGACAGCAAGAGGAGACACCCGGAGGUGAAAGAGGCUGCUGAAACCAUUCAGUUGAAGUUAAGGACAAUUGUAUCCAAGAAUGAAAACUUAAUUACAGGCCUGAUCCCAGCAAGUUCUGACAUUGUACAUCCAUUUGUUCUGGGGUGUGAGACAAAGAGUCCCAAACUGGUACACCAGGGUCUGGUUGCCGUGCAAAGACUUAUAUCUCAUGAAGCUAUAUCUACAACUGCAGCAGACAGUAUCAUUACCAUGCUGUGGAUGUUGAUGGAGGGAGGGCUGGAGGAGUUGAAGCUGCUGCAGACAGCCAUCCUGUUGAUCACAACCAAUUCCGUGGUGCAACACGAUGCACUGGCUAAGGCCCUCGUCUUGUGUUUCCGACUGCAUUUCACCAAGGACAGCACCACCAUCAACACUGCAGCAGCCACCAUCAAGCAGCUUGUCAGCAUCAUCUUCGACAGGGUUGUUGCCGAGGACAGGAUUCAAACAAACGAGCCACGAGAAGCAAUGAAUACUGACGAACUGAAGGCAGGCAGCAGGAUUCCUCCCAAAUCACUCAGACCUUGUGCUGGAGAUGCGUAUCUCUUGUUCCAGGACCUGUGUCAGCUGGUGAAUGCAGACCAGCCCUUCUGGCUGAUGGGAAUGACGGAGAUGACACGGACCUUCGGCCUGGAGCUCCUGGAGUCAGUUCUCACCAGCUACACAUCAGUAUUCUCAAAGCACCCUGAGUUCAGCUUCAUGUUGAAGGAGAAGGUGUGCCCUCUCGUGAUCAAACUCUUCUCCCCGAGUCUCAAAUACCGCCAGGGCCUGCCGCCAGCCCCCUCACCCGCACCUGUUGAAAAACCAUUCUUUCCUAUCGUCAUGAGGCUUCUCAGGAUUGUGUCAAUACUCAUCAGAGGAUACUAUCAGUUACUGGUCACAGAGUGUGAGAUUUUCCUGUCUCUUCUUGUGAAGUUCCUGGAACCAGAGAAGCCAAUAUGGCAACGGAGCCUUGCCCUGGAGGUGCUACACAAGCUCAGCACGCAACACACUCUCAUCAAAUGUUUUUGUGAGUCAUAUGACAUGAAACCACAUUCCACAAAGAUUUUCCGAGACAUCGUGAACGCUGUGGGGGCUUUCAUACAGUCCCAGUUCAUGAGCAGCCCUGGUGGACCAGCAGGCCAGAGCAGUAACAAAUUACCCGACACCCAGGGGACGCCCCCUGCCCUGGUGGCGGGGCUGCCGGUGGGGGGAGGGGUCAGUCCCCAGCCGGCCUUCAUGUACCGAGGAGUAUGGAUUCCCCUGGUUGUGUCUAUUCCUUCUGCCCAGUCAAAACCUGUGUUCCUGGAGAUGUUGGACAAGAUUGACCCUCCAAUAAUACCUGAUGGGUAUGGAGUGUCGCUAGCCUUCUACUGCCUCCUGUCUAUAGUGAAGAGUGUCAAGCUGCUCAUUGAAGGGGAAAACGAUGAAACAUCCAGCAAGGAUGUUGUCAAGCCCAGUCCCAAACCCGCGCCAGUAAAAACAGAGGCAGAGCGGGUGUUACAUGAGGAACUGAUCAACUCCUCGUGGUGUGGGAUGCUAGCUGCACUGUCUCUUCUCCUUGAUGCUAGUACUGAUGAAAGUGCCACAGAGGCUGUCCUCAACUCACAGCAGGCGUACGCCAGUCUUUGUGGUCACCUCGGGAUGAACACCCCGAGAGAUGCGUUCAUCACAGCGCUGUGUAAAGCCUCUCUGCCCCCCCACUACACGCUCACCAUCCUUCACUCACAGGCCGGGGGAGCCUCAAGUCCUAAAGCGCCAAUAUUUGGCCGUACUCCAAGUCAGGAGGCUCAGGUUGGUGGGAUGGAGGCCAUUGAGAGGAGUCAGGUUGUGGCUGUCGGAUCUCCUCUGCCGACUGCAUCGCUGCCGGUCGGGGCUCAUCAGGGACCUGUCAUGCUGACCGCUAAGAACAUCCAGUGCAUGAGGGCUCUCCUGAGUGUGGCCCAUUGCCAUGGAGGGAUACUGGGCACUGCCUGGCACCUGGUGCUAACGACUCUACAGCACCUGGUGUGGAUCCUGGGCUUGAAGCCAUCCUCUAACGGCAGUCUAAAGGCGGGACAACAGAUCAGCGAGACCUCCACUAGUGUCAUCACAACCGCCGUCAUGGCCGACCUGCCGGUUCUCUCUGCCAUGUUGUCACGACUCUUUGAGAGUUCACAAUACCUGGACGAUGUGGCCCUUCACCAUCUGAUUGAUGCCCUGUGCAAGUUGUCUACCGAGUCCAUGGACCUUGCCUACUCCAACAAGGAGCCAUCCCUGUUUGCUGUUGCCAAGCUCUUGGAGACUGGACUUGUGAACCUGUCAAGGGUUGAGGUGUUGUGGAGGCCAGUCACAGCACACCUGCUGGAGGUAUGUGGACUUUAGUUGAGGGGGAUUCAGCUAAUCCUGAUAUUCUUUCCAGAUGACUGUUGCCAAGGAGAGCUGAACACUUUAAUUGUUUUGGUUUUGGUCAACUUUAGAUGCUGAUGAGGACCUUGUGAUUGGCUGACAUGAUUUGGUGUGUUUUUUUUGUGUAUGAUCUCUCACAAUUCUGUAUAGGUUUAUGUAUGCUUAUGACACAACAUGUAACAUGUUACAAAGACACAUCAGCUUUCUGACAAGGCUGAAAACAACUUUGUGAAUCUUUGAAAGCAUCAUAUUUUUGUGAUGGUGUUGAGUCAUUUGGUAAGUUCGGUUUGGGCUGAUGUCUCAGAAGCUGUAGCAAAUCACCCUUACAUAAAAUAAUACAAAAACAUCUCAACACAACAUGGAUUGGGCCUGAACUCAGCAUGGAUUGGGCCUCAACACAACAUGGAUUGGGCCUCAACACAACAUGGAUUGGGCCUGAACUCAGCAUGGAUGGAUCUCAGCACAACGUUGACAUGAUUUCAACACAAUGGAGACUGGACCUCGAGCAAGGAGGGGACCUGACCACAGCAGAUAUCACCUGACCACAAUAUGGCCGUAACAGAAGCAGAAAAUAGAUGUGACCUCAAUCAACAUUGAUGUCCCGUGAUGGUAGAUGGUUUCCGUCUUCAGAAUUGCUCCACAAAGGUGUUUUCCUGUUAGCUGUCGCCAGGUUCAGAAGACGGUGCACAUGUGGGUGAAAUGGAGAUCAAUCGAUGCCCAUCUGCAGGAGAUCAUCACCUUCUGGAGGAUGCCAUGAUUCAGGAUUCAAAUCCCUUGAUGCAGCAAGGACAGGAGAUUGAACCUUUGAGCCAGGAAAGAUUUUGUCCCACAUGACCAUUGAGAGAUGUAAGCACAGACUGAUUGAGAUGAGGUGGUCGUUGACUUGACUGGUUUUGUCUCAUUCAAUUGCUUGUCAUGAAUUCCCACUGGUUUGUCCAGACACAUAACAACUGGACUAGUACUGUGUCAGCCCGAUCUGUCGACAAAUGAAAAAUAGGAUGUUGCUUAUCGUCGACAGAACAAAAAACCCGGAGUAUCGACAUCGCGUGCUCAACAUACUGUGACGGUGUUAAUUAGUGAAGAGAAUGUUUGCUUAGU